GCUGAAGCUGCGCGCUCGGUGCCUUGGUUUGGAGCGCUUGGAAACCAACCACUGUAGACCGUGGACCAAUCAGGGAGCAAUAAGCGGGACAAGCCGCUUGGCCUCGUGAACAGUCGUUGUUACUUAUUCAACCGGCAAACUGCCUCACUACAAUGCUUGGGAACAAAAUAUGCUACAAUGCUCAAACCAUUGCGGACGUGGAUUAAAGGGAUCGCUUCACUCAUUCGAAGACUUUUGAGUUUUCACACAUAAUGCCUUAUAUUAAGUUUUUGUUCUUACUUUUUUGCUUGAUACUUAUCGGGGAAUGCAGAAAGCACAAAAGUAGGAAAAGGCGGUGGUCCGGGGCGGUGGAAUCUUACAAGCAUGGCGCUCCCCUGACUGGAAAAAGGAUGGUUGAUAACACCAAAUCUCGCAAAUUGAAGACAGACAACCUGCUGCGAGUGGAUGACCAUGAUUUCACCAUGAGACCAGCCUUUGCAGGCCCUGCUGUCCCUGUAGGGGUGGAUGUUCAGGUGGAGAGUUUGGACAGUAUAUCAGAGGUGGACAUGGACUUCACCAUGACCCUGUAUCUGAGGCACUACUGGAAAGAUGAGAGGCUGUCCUUUCCCAGCACAACCAAUAAGAGCAUGACGUUCGACGGGCGCCUGGUCAAGAAGAUCUGGGUGCCUGAUGUGUUCUUCGUCCACUCCAAGAGGUCGUUCAUUCAUGACACCACCACUGAGAACAUCAUGCUCAGGGUGUUCCCAGACGGACACGUGCUCUACAGCCUCAGGGUGACGGUUACUGCUGCCUGUAACAUGGACUUCAGUCGUUUCCCUCUGGAUUCACAGACCUGCACCUUAGAGCUGGAGAGCUAUGCUUACACGGACGAGGACCUCAUGCUGUAUUGGAAGAGUGGGGAUGAGUCCCUGAGCACGGAUGACAGAAUCUCCCUGUCUCAGUUCCUCAUCCAGAAGUUUCACACUACCUCCAGACUGGCUUUCUACAGCAGCACAGGCUGGUACAACCGUCUGUACAUCAACUUCACCCUGCGACGCCACAUCUUCUUCUUCCUGCUCCAGACCUACUUCCCUGCAACUCUGAUGGUCAUGUUGUCCUGGGUGUCGUUUUGGAUCGACCGCCGGGCCGUCCCGGCCAGGGUCUCAUUAGGUAUCACCACGGUGCUCACCAUGUCCACCAUCAUCACUGGAGUCAACGCCUCCAUGCCCAGGGUUUCCUACAUCAAAGCUGUGGACAUUUACCUCUGGGUCAGUUUUGUGUUUGUGUUCCUAUCGGUGCUGGAGUAUGCUGCCGUCAACUAUCUGACAACGUUGAGGGACGGGAAAGAUCGGAAGCUCAGGGAAAAGGCCAGAGAACAGUCCCUGGGCCUGGCGAGAGAACAGUCGCUCCCCUGCACAUGUGGCAUGUCCCACACCGGGACCAUGAUGGCGGACGGGACCUACAGCGAGUCCGACACCAACAGUCUAGCCGGGUACACCAGGGCCCCAGCUCCUGAGGACCCCCCGGAGAAGCAGGAACGCAUGGUAGUGCACAUCUCCUUAGACAACGAGUCCACGGCGGCAACCAAGAAGAAGACGGGCUUCCGCAGCUUCAGUUUCAUGCAGAACACCCACGCCAUUGACACCUACUCCCGCAUGAUCUUUCCUGGAUCCUACAUCAUUUUCAACCUCAUCUAUUGGUCUGUGUACUGCUGAGGCUCUCCCGGACAGCCUUGUUAGAGUCAGCAGAGAGACAAUCUACUGAUGUUGCUGUACCAGAUGAAACAGGACCGUUAUUUAACUCUGACCGACAAAACUGAUUGACUCAAAGUGGUAAUGGCCUCCGUAAUGCACAUUGAGGUGAUGGAGUUCUUAUAACACCUGUGCUCACCAGCAGCACUCACAAAAGGUUUUCACAAAUCUCUAGAUGGAUAACACCAUUCUAUCCUCACCAUCAGCUACAACCAUGUUACUACUUGACUCAACUGUACAGCUUUCCUUUUUUUGCUAUAUAGACUAUUUACGCAACCAUGCAGGUCCAAGCACAACUAUGAUGAAUUUUAUACUCAUGGCACUGUCAAAGCAGGAAAACUGUGUCUGUAUUACUGACAGUAUACGUACUUCUGAAAAUGGACUAAGCGUUGCCCAAGCUUGCCUCCUUAAGCAGAAAACAGAAAGCUUGAUCCAUAAUGUGAGGGUUUGACCUCUUAAAAUCGACUAUGUUGAUUAGGCAAGCAUCAGUUGCUCAUGAGCAAAUUGAAACACAGCCACAGACUCAUGAGCAAAUUGAAACACAGCCACAGACUCAUGAGCAAAUUGAAACACAGCCAGAGACUCAUGAGCAAAUUGAAACACAGCCACAGACUCAUGAGCAAAUUGAAACACAGCCACAGACUCAUGGGCAAAUUGAAACACAGCCAGAGACUCAUGGGCAAAUUGAAACACAGCCAGAGACUCAUGGGCAAAUUGAAACACAGCCACAGACUCAUGGGCAAAUUGAAACACAGCCACAGACUCAUGGGCAAAUUGAAACACAGCCACAGACUCAUGGGCAAAUUGAAACACAGCCAGAGACUCAUGUCUUCUAGGAAUGCACCAAGUGUUAUUAUUUUUAACAGCUGAUCAUGAUUGAGCAAACCACACAAAAAUCUAAAUCUACAUUGAUACAAGUUGGCAGAUCUUCACUUAGAUUACAGUAUUUCAGUAUUUAUUUAAUUAUUUAUUAAUGAUCUAUUUAUUUAAUGAUUUAUUCAUUUUAGGCCUAUCAAUUUACUUACAUAAUAAAUGUUUAGUGCAACUAAUAUGCCAUUAUACCUUAAGUUGUUAAAAACCAUGCAUGGGGCUUAAUAGUUUUUUUUAUGGUUGGCCACAGAAAUUGUGAGGGCGGGUACCAUUAAUGAAUGCUUAUGUGAACUAUCAUUCAGCUUGUUUCAGGAACUCAAUGUUAUCCACCAAUUAAAGAGUUGUUUCUGUUUGUAUAUUACUCAGAAGGGGGUUUUCAAGACUUAUAAACCUUUAUCAGCGAUGUAAUGAACUUGAACAGCCUUAAGUGAACUGGUUUCACAGCGAAAUCUUGUGUUUGUUUGUUUGAUUGACUGUUUGGAUUACAAGUGACUGCAUAUUGCUUUUUAUAUCCAGUAUUCUAUCCAACCAGUAUAUUAGUACACAUGGUAUUGUAUGUAGUAUGUAGAUAGCCACAAGCAUGAGCUGGAUUUACUAGGCAUCCAGAUUGCCACUGUAGAUAUGUCAGCCUGUUGGACAAAUGCUCAACCAACGCAAAUCACCUCAUACAGAUGCUUGUCCACAAGCUUGCGCAACUACUGUAGACUGAUUAUUGUCGCGUCAAAACAUUUAGAAUGUAUGCUUUUUUUUGGAGCAGAUUUCUAAAUAAAAGGCUUUAAGCUAAAAGCA